ACAAGCAAGGUGGACUCCUCUGGAAUCCCGGUGGAUCGUUUUCUGUGAGCAGGAGACAAUAAAAGUGAACAACAACCAUGGGAGACGCAGAAAUGGCGGCCUUUGGCGAGGCCGCGUCCUUCUUAAGAAAAUCUGAGAAGGAGCGAUUGGAGGCGCAGAACAAACCUUUUGAUGGCAAAAAUGCCUGCUUUGUGGAACAUAAAGAUGAACUUUAUGUGAAAGGUUUAAUUACAGCUCGUGACGGUGGCAAAGUCACUGUGAAGACCGAACAAGACGAAACUCUAACUGUAAAAGACAGUCAAGUUUACCCUCAAAAUCCCCCCAAGUUCGAUAAAAUUGAGGACAUGGCUAUGCUGACCCACUUGAAUGAAGCUUCUGUGCUGUACAACCUCAAAGAGCGUUACGCAGCAUGGAUGAUCUACACCUAUUCUGGCCUCUUCUGUGUCACUGUAAACCCAUACAAAUGGCUCCCAGUGUAUAACCCUGAGGUUGUAGUGGGGUACAGAGGAAAGAAGCGUCAGGAAGCCCCACCCCAUAUCUUCUCCAUCUCUGACAACGCCUAUCAGUUCAUGUUAACAGAUCGUGAAAAUCAGUCUAUCCUGAUUACUGGAGAAUCUGGUGCAGGAAAAACUGUCAACACCAAGCGUGUCAUUCAGUACUUUGCAACAAUUGCAGCUACUACUGGAGAUGCUGGAAAGAAAAAGGAUGCAGGCAACAAACUUAAGGGAACCUUGGAAGAUCAAAUCAUCCAGGCUAACCCUCUGCUGGAGGCUUUCGGUAACGCCAAGACAGUGAGAAAUGACAACUCGUCCCGUUUUGGUAAAUUCAUCAGAAUCCACUUUGGAACCACAGGAAAACUGUCUUCUGCAGAUAUUGAAACGUACCUUCUGGAAAAAUCCAGAGUAACGUUCCAGCUUUCAGCUGAGAGAAGUUACCAUAUCUUCUACCAAAUCUUGACAAAUGCAAAACCUGAAAUUGUUGAGAUGCUUCUUGUCACCACCAACCCAUACGACUACCCCUUUAUUAGCCAGGGUGAGAUUGCGGUGAAGAGUAUCGAUGAUGUCGAGGAGUAUAUGGCUACGGAUAGCGCCAUUGACAUUCUGGGUUUCAAUCAAGAUGAAAAGAUUGGUAUCUAUAAGAUGACAGGAGCUGUGAUGCAUAAAGGUAACAUGAGAUUCAAACAAAAGCAAAGAGAGGAACAGGCCGAACCAGAUGGUACUGAAGUUGCUGAUAAAAUUGGUUACUUGAUGGGACUGAACUCUGCCGACUUGCUAAAAGCUUUGUGCUACCCAAGGGUAAAGGUCGGAAAUGAAUAUGUUACCAAAGGUCAAACUGUCCAGCAGGUCUACAAUGCCAUUGGUGCCCUCAGCAAAUCAGUUUAUGAGAAGCUGUUCUUAUGGAUGGUCGCUCGCAUCAAUCAACAGUUGGAUACCAAACAGCCAAGACAAUACUUCAUUGGUGUCCUGGAUAUUGCAGGAUUUGAAAUCUUUGAUUACAACAGUUUGGAGCAACUCUGCAUCAACUUUACCAAUGAGAAGUUGCAGCAAUUCUUCAACCACCACAUGUUUGUCCUGGAACAAGAAGAAUACAAGAAAGAAGGCAUUGAGUGGGAGUUUAUUGACUUUGGUAUGGAUCUGGCGGCCUGCAUUGAGUUGAUUGAAAAGCCCAUGGGUAUUUUCUCAAUCCUUGAAGAGGAAUGCAUGUUCCCCAAGGCUACUGAUGUCUCAUUCAAGAACAAGCUGUAUGACCAGCAUCUGGGCAAGUGCAAGAACUUUGAGAAGCCCAAGCCUGGCAAAGGAAAAGCUGAAGCUCAUUUCUCCUUGGUCCACUAUGCUGGUACUGUGGAUUACAACAUCACUGGCUGGCUUGACAAGAACAAGGACCCACUUAAUGAGACUGUUGUUGGGCUUUUCCAGAAGUCCUCAGUUAAACUACUGUCCUUCCUCUACUCCACAUACUCUGGUUCCGAAAGUGCAGACGCUGGUGGAAAGGGUGGAAAGAAAAAGAAAGGAUCAUCCUUCCAGACAGUGUCUGCUUUGUUCAGAGAAAAUCUUAAUAAGCUCAUGACUAACCUAAGAAGCACUCAUCCUCAUUUUGUGCGUUGUCUGAUUCCCAACGAGACUAAGACUCCAGGUACCAUGGAGAACCAUCUGAUUAUCCAUCAGUUGAGGUGUAAUGGUGUGCUGGAGGGUAUCAGAAUCUGCAGGAAAGGAUUCCCAAGCAGAAUCCUCUAUGCUGAUUUCAAACAACGUUACAAAAUUCUGAACGCCAGCGCAAUCCCAGGUGGAGAGUUUAUUGACAGCAAGAAGGCCUCUGAGAAAUUACUUGGUUCCAUUGAUAUUGACCAUACUCAGUACCGGUUUGGACAUACCAAGGUGUUCUUCAAAGCUGGUCUCUUGGGUGUCCUGGAAGACAUGCGAGAUGAAAAGUUGGCACAGCUUAUCACCCGCACCCAGGCUCUUUGUAGAGGAUUUCUGAUGAGAGUUGAGUUCAAGAAGAUGGUGGAAAGAAGAGAUGCACUAUUUGUCAUCCAGUACAAUGUCAGAGCAUUCAUGAACGUCAAGCAUUGGCCAUGGAUGAAGCUGUUCUUCAAGAUCAAACCUCUCCUGAAGAGCGCUGAGACUGAGAAGGAGAUGGCAAACAUGAAGGAGGAAUUUGAGAAGACCAAGGAGGCUCUGAUAAAGUCAGAUGCAAGAAGGAAGGAGCUGGAAGAGAAAAUGGUGGCUAUGCUGCAGGAGAAGAAUGACUUACAGCUGCAAGUUCAAUCGGAAUCAGAAAGUCUGGCUGAUGCAGAGGAGAGAUGUGAAGGUCUUAUAAAAAGCAAAAUACAGCUAGAAGCUAAAAUCAAGGAGGUUACGGAAAGACUGGAAGAUGAAGAAGAAAGCAAUGCAGAACUCACUGCUAAGAAGAGAAAACUGGAGGACGAAUGCUCUGAGUUGAAAAAAGAUAUUGAUGAUUUAGAACUUACCCUGGCCAAAGUAGAAAAGGAAAAACAUGCCACUGAAAACAAGGUUAAAAACCUUACUGAAGAAAUGGCGGGUCUUGAUGAGAAUAUCUCUAAGAUUACAAAGGAGAAAAAGGCCCUCCAAGAGGCUCAUCAACAAACCCUUGAUGAUCUUCAAGCUGAAGAGGACAAAGUCAGCUCUCUGACCAAGGCCAAAACUAAACUGGAACAGCAAGUAGAUGAUUUGGAAGGUUCCCUUGAGCAAGAAAAGAAACUCCGUCUUGACCUUGAGCGAGCCAAGAGAAAACUUGAAGGUGAUCUCAAGUUGUCCCAAGAGACAGUCAUGGAUCUUGAAAAUGACAAACAACAAACAGAGGAGAAACUUAAAAAGAAAGAUUUUGAAUUAAGCCAACUGCAGGGGAAAAUUGAGGAUGAGCAGUCCUUGGGAUCUCAAUUCCAGAAAAAGAUUAAGGAAUUACAGGCCAGAAUUGAAGAACUGGAAGAAGAGAUUGAAGCUGAACGUGCAGCUCGCGCUAAAGUUGAGAAACAGAGGUCUGACCUCUCCAGAGAACUGGAGGAGAUCAGUGAAAGGCUUGAGGAGGCUGGGGGUGCAACAUCUGUUCAGAUUGAGAUGAACAAGAAACGUGAAGCAGAAUUCCAGAAACUAAGACGCGAUUUGGAAGAGGCCACCCUCCAACAUGAAGCCACUGCUGCCGCUCUUCGUAAGAAGCAUGCUGACAGUGUUGCUGAGCUUGGAGAACAAAUUGAUAACCUUCAACGAGUAAAACAAAAGUUGGAGAAAGAAAAGAGUGAGUUCAAAAUGGAAAUUGACGACAUCGCAAGCAACUUAGAAAAUGUCUCUAAAUCAAAGGCCAAUCUUGAAAAAGUAAACCGUGUACUUGAGGACCAACUGAGUGAAAUAAAGGUUAAAGAUAAUGAGCACCAGCGUCUUAUUAAUGACCUCACUGCUCAAAAGAGUCGUUUACAAACAGAAAAUGGUGAACAGUCCAGACAGCUGGAGGAAAGGGAUGCUUUGAUUUCGCAGCUGACAAGAGGUAAACAGGCUUACACUCAACAAGUUGAGGAACUUAAGAGGCAACUGGAAGAAGAAAGCAAGGCUAAGAAUGCUCUUGCCCACGCUCUACAAUCAUCCCGUCACGACUGUGACUUGCUACGUGAGCAAUAUGAGGAGGAACAAGAAGCAAAGGCUGAGCUCCAGCGUACUCUGUCCAAGGCAAAUGGGGAAGUUGCCCAGUGGAGAACAAAAUAUGAAACAGACGCUAUUCAGCGUACUGAGGAGCUGGAAGAGGCCAAGAAGAAGCUAGCUCAGCGUCUACAGGAAGCUGAAGAACAGGUGGAGGCUGUGAAUUCUAAAUGUGGUUCCUUAGAAAAGACUAAGCAGAGACUUCAGGCGGAAGUUGAGGACCUAAUGGUUGAUGUGGAGAGGGCAAACAGUGCUGCCGCUGCUCUUGAUAAGAAACAGAGGAACUUUGAUAAAAUCCUUGUAGAAUGGAAACAGAAGUAUGAGGAGGGUCAGGCAGAACUUGAGGCAGCUCAGAAAGAUGCCCGUUCCUUGAGCACUGAGAUCUUCAAGAUGAAGAACGCAUAUGAAGAAGCUUUGGACCAACUUGAAACCUUGAAACGGGAAAACAAGAACUUACAACAGGAAAUCUCUGAUCUUACUGAACAAAUUGGCGAGACUGCAAAAUCAGUUAAUGAACUCGAAAAAUCCAAGAAGCAGGUGGAACAAGAAAAAUCAGAUCUGCAGGCUGCUUUGGAAGAAGUUGAGGGAUCCCUGGAGCAUGAGGAAGCCAAGAUCCUGCGAGUUCAGCUUGAGUUAAAUCAGGUGAAAUCUGAGGUUGAUAGGAAGAUUGCCGAGAAGGAUGAAGAGAUUGAGCAGCUGAAGAGGAACAGCCAGAGAAUCAUUGACACAAUGCAAAGCACAUUAGACUCCGAGAUCCGAAGCAGGAAUGAUGCUCUGAGGUUGAAGAAGAAGAUGGAAGGUGACCUAAACGAACUGGAGAUCCAGUUAAGCCACGCCAACCGCCAGGCUAUUGAAGCACAGAAACAGUUACGAAAUGUGCAGGCACAACUCAAGGAUAUCCAAAUCCAACUGGAUGAUGCAAUCAGAAGUCAGGACGACCUGAAGGAACAGCUGGCCGUAACUGAACGUAGAAAUAACCUGCAACAGGCUGAAAUAGAGGAGAUUAGGUCAGCAUUGGAACAGACAGAAAGAUCCCGCAAAAUUGCUGAACAAGAACUUCUGGAUUGCAGUGAACGUGUGCAACUCCUACAUUCACAGAACACAAGCCUUAUCAACACAAAGAAGAAGCUUGAGAAUGAUACCGUUCAGCUGCAGAAUGAAGUUGAGGAAGCUGUGCAGGAGGCAAGAAAUGCAGAAGAAAAGGCCAAGAAAGCUAUAACUGAUGCCGCAAUGAUGGCAGAAGAGUUGAAGAAGGAGCAGGACACUAGUGCCCACUUAGAGAGGAUGAAGAAGAACCUUGAACAGACAGUGAAGGACCUACAACAUCGUCUGGAUGAGGCUGAGCAGUUGGCACUGAAGGGUGGCAAGAAGCAGCUCCAGAAACUGGAGGCUCGGGUUCGUGAGCUUGAAAAUGAACUUGAUGCUGAACAGAAACGCGGAACAGAAGCAAUAAAGGGUGUCCGUAAAUAUGAGAGGAGAGUAAAAGAGCUAUCCUAUCAGACUGAAGAAGAUAAGAAGAAUAUUCUGAGACUUCAAGAUCUGGUGGACAAACUCCAGCUAAAGGUCAAGGCCUACAAGAGGCAGGCAGAGGAAUCUGAGGAACAAGCCAAUGCACACUUGGCUCGCUUCAGGAAGGUUCAACAUGAACUAGAAGAAUCAGAGGAAAGAGCUGACAUUGCAGAGUCUCAAGUGAACAAGCUCAGAGCCAGGAGCCGUGAUAUUGGAGGAAAGGGUCAUAUCACCUUCGCUUUUGGGGAUCUUGACCAUAACGGAUGGCAGAUAAAAAUCUUCAUGGAAAUCUUCCGAACUUGUGUGAGCUGUAACUAGGUGUCUGUCCUAUUUUCUUCCUAUUCCUUAACUAUAAGGAGGACUCAGAACAGGUCGUAUAUAUGAUCAUAAGAUAAUCUGUUUGGCUACAGUUAUAUAUAUCCUUUCCUUGCUAUAUAUAAAUCAAUACAAUGUUGCAUAAAAAGCUGUUCUAGGAAAGUAUUAUGAUAGAUAGUUAUCCCACUGCAGUGGUAGUAUUAUACUUUCUUUAGUACCUAAACAAUAUGCAUAUGCCUUUCCAGCAUGUUUUUGUUACUUUGUAAAUAAAUUUGUCGUGUUAUCUGAA